AUGGAGUAAAUCGCACGAACAAGAACGUAAUACAAAGACAUAGACGGUCAUUAGUCAAAGUCCCCUCACGAGCACGAGUCACGAUUCGCGAUACCCACCUGGAAAACGCAAAGGCUAGGGUUUCGUCAUGGAAGGGAGGCGGAAAAUCCCUAAGCUGCUGAUAGCAGUUUUGCUCAUUGCUUUCUUCUUCGCCUUUCAGAUCUGUGCUUCUGCUUCUGAUUCUGAUGCGAUCUAUUACGAGUCAUUUGAGGAACCAUUCGAUGGGCGGUGGAUUGUGUCUCAGAAGGAUGAGUACCAAGGUGUCUGGAAGCAUUCAAAAAGUGAGGGACAUGAUGACUAUGGCCUUUUGGUUAGCGAGAAGGCAAGGAAGUAUGCAAUAGUAAAAGAGCUUGACCACGUUGUGAACCUCAAGGAUGGAACAGUUGUCCUGCAGUUUGAGGUUCGGCUCCAGGAUGGUCUAGAAUGUGGUGGGGCAUACUUGAAGUACCUUCGACCCCAAGAGGCUGGAUGGCUAGCAAAGGAGUUUGAUAAUGAUUCUCCAUACUCUAUAAUGUUUGGACCUGACAAAUGUGGCUCCACGAACAAGGUGCACUUCAUCCUUAAGCACAAGAACCCCAAAAGUGGGGAGUAUGUUGAGCACCAUCUCAAGUACCCUCCUUCUGUGCCCUCCGACAAACUCUCCCAUGUCUAUACUGCAAUACUAAGACCUGAUAAUGAAGUUAGUAUUCUAAUAGAUGGGGAGGAGAAGAAGAAGGCAAAUUUCCUCUCUGCUGAAGAUUUCGAGCCACCUCUAGUUCCGGCCAAGACAAUUCCUGACCCCAAUGAUAAGAAGCCAGAGGACUGGGAUGAGCGGGAUAAGAUUCCAGAUCCAGAUGCUGUGAAGCCAGAUGAUUGGGAUGAGGAUGCACCCAUGGAAAUUGAGGAUGAGGAAGCUGUGAAACCUGAAGGAUGGUUGGAUGAUGAGCCUGAGGAGAUUGAUGAUCCUGAUGCUUCAAAACCAGAAGACUGGGAUGAUGAGGAAGAUGGUGAAUGGGAGCCACCAAAAAUUGAUAACCCAAAGUGUGAGGCUGCACCUGGCUGUGGUGAGUGGAAGAGGCCAACAAAGAGGAACCCUGCUUAUAAAGGAAAGUGGCAUGCUUCUCUAAUUGAUAACCCAAAUUAUAAGGGCAUAUGGAAACCUCAAGAAAUCCCAAACCCUGAUUACUUUGAGCUUGAGAAACCUGAUUUUGAGCCCAUUGCUGCCAUUGGCAUUGAGAUCUGGACAAUGCAGGAUGGCAUAUUGUUUGACAAUAUUCUCAUUGCUGGUGAUGAGAAGGUUGCAGAAUCAUACAGGCUAACAACAUGGAAGCCAAAGUUUGAAGCUGAGAAAGAGAAACAAAAGGCUGAAGAAGCAGCAGCUGGUGAAUCUGAUGGUCUCUCUGGCUUCAAGAAGAAGGUUUUUGACCUUCUUUACAAGAUAGUUGACAUUCCCUUCUUGGAAGCAUACAAACCGAAGAUCAUUGAUCUCAUUGAAAAGGGAGAACAACAACCCGAUAUAACCAUUGGUGUUAUUGUUUCAGUUGUGCUUAUUAUUUUGACAGUUUUCUUCAGACUCCUUUUUGGUGGCAAAAAGGCUGCUGUCAAUACUGAAACAAAUAGGGUUCCACCUGCAGAGCCAUCCGACAAUCAAGGAACCAGUGUGGAGAAUGAAGAUGAGGAUGAGAAGGAGGAGGAUGCUGCUGCUGCUCCUCCUCGAAGGAGGUCUACUAGAAGGGAAAACUGAACUAGGAACCUAUGAAUUGUCUUUGGUUGUUACCUCUACAAUUUUGAGGAGAUAGGGACUGUCUAGCUGGAUUCUCCUUAAGUGAUGUUUCCUGAAUUUUCGUUUCUUGUUCUAUUUUAGAGUACUUAAAUUGGUAUAGCUAGCUAAACUCUGUUAGUAUUGAUUGGUUUUUUUUGGCAGAAUAUUGAUUGUUGUUUACGUUGCGUAAUAUGGUGCUUCUUUUUUCGGUAGUA